AUGUUAGGUAAGCAGUCUACCGAGCGCACACCAAUCGACCAAAACUCACCUUCCGACGAUAAACAAACAAUUGUAAAAAUCGCGAUGUCUUCAGAAAAGAGCCACCGUCUAUACGUCAAAGCCCGCCAUGUCAGCUACCAGCGCGGCAAACGCAACACAAACCCCAACGUGAGCCUCCUCGCGCUUGAAGGCGUCGACAGCACGCAAGACGCGCAGUGGUAUCUCGGCAAGCGCGUCGCAUAUGUCUACCGCGUUGCCAGCAGCAAAGAAGAAGGUCCUCGUGUGAUCUGGGGCAAGAUCCGCAGGACACAUGGCAACUCUGGUGUUGUUCGCGCAUCUUUCCAGAACAACCUCCCGCCAAAGUCAUUUGGUGCGAGUCUUCGGGUUAUGAUGUAUCCUAGCUCGAUUUGA